AUGAGUAAAAAAGUUCAUGCUUUGGAUCUGAUUUCUCAGUACUCGAGUGGAGAAAGUGUAUGUGAAGAAGACUCCAACGAAUUCCAAGAAGUUUCUGCCACGCUACCAGUCCCUGAAGCUGUAUCAAAAUUAUUCAGUAAAGACAUCAAUGAAAGCUCCUACAAAGAUGAUCCAAAAUUACAUGGUGGUCGAGUCCGAAGUUUUCCCCAUGUAAGAGGCAAUUGGUCCACCUUUGUCUACGUACCUUAUGAGUACAAUGAAGGUUUGCGUUCAAUUUUGAGUGAUGCAAUUGAAAUUUGUGGAACAGAAAUUGACUUGAAGCCAAUUGAGAAGCCCCAUAUUAGUCUCACAAGAACAGUUGUGCUCCAACAUCAUUGGAUUGACACUCUCGUCGAAGAUAUCAAGAAAUCCAUCAGCAAAGUUAACAGGUUCAUAGUCUCAUUUUCCUCGGUUGGAGUCUACUGCAAUGAUGAUAGAAGAAGGACAUUUUUGAGUCUCCAGUUGUCAGGAGGUAAAACCCAGCUAGCAGAGUGUGUUGAACUUCUGAAUUCAUGUUUGUCAGCAUUCAAACUGCCUCCAUUUUAUGAGGAUGCCUCUUUUCAUCUAAGUAUUGCAUGGUGCCUCGGAGAUAAAUCAAGUGAAAUAAAUUCUAAGUUAGAAGAGUUAAAUUUAAAGUUGCAGAAUUUAAUUGCUGAGGAACCGGACCAUUUUGAAACCGUUGUUGAUAAAGCAGAGUGUAAAACAGGAAAUAAAUUAUUUAGAUUCAGUCUUUGUUAA